CCAUUUUCAGAUUGGCAGAUAACCGAGUAGAGCAAUGGUCGGAAGUCGGAUCCGUUUUCUGCUCGGUUGGAAAUUCAAUCCGUCCACUUAGGUCCCUCUCUGCGUGUGUGGCAGGGUCAGUACUGCUGCUUCAAAGUACAGAAAACGCCGUUAGGCGAGAGAGAGAGAGAGAGAGGGUGAGAGAGAGCGCAACCUGCAAAAAGACGUCCAUGGUUUAGGGCUUUGUAGUUCGUAAGGCGUAAUCGAAGUGACUAAUACGCCAUGGCCAUCAAGUUUCUUUAUCUUCUUUUGCUCUUCAACUUUCAUCUUCGCCUCUCUGUCUCCGGACAGUUGAACUCUAUGGAGUCAGUUCCUGAUCUUCAAAAGUCAAUGUACAAGUUCAUUGAUGGAUAUCCUUGUGUACGACUACUCAAUCUUUCUGGGGUUAUUGGUUGUUCAAAUCCUGGACGGGAAAUGGUUGUGGCUCCGAUUGUAAGGUACAAAAAUACUAUGGCGCUGUCUCAGUCAUCUGCAGUUUUGGUGUCAUCGGAUGAAAUUCAAAGUUUCUUCACCAGAAUAUGGUAUGAUUCAAGCUUUGCUCGUAAUAUUGCUGGUGUCAUCGUGGAAUCGGAAAAUGAAUUUCAAAAUAAGUCAAAAGGAUUCUCUCCUGCUGGAAAGUUUCCACUGGCUGAAUUUGCUCCUUACCAAAAUACCAGCUAUGAGUGGAACCCAAUUGGAUCUGGUAUAAUGUGGAAUGCUUAUGAUUUUCCUGUAUUCUUACUCUCUGAGAGUAGUACUUUGACCCUGCAGGAGGCAGCUAUCAAGAACGAGAAGAACAAGAAAGCUUAUAUUUCUGAUGUGGCUGAGUUUAAUCUAGUGAUGCAGACAACGAAAGCUGGAACUCAUGAUUCAGAAACUUGUCUAAAAGAGGAGACUUGUCUUCCAUUAGGUGGAUACAGUGUUUGGUCAUCCCUUCCUCCAAUUAAUGUUUCUUCCUCUGAUCAAUCCAAGCCUAUAAUACUGACCAUGGCAUCAAUGGAUUCUGCUUCAUUUUUCCGUGACAAAAGCCUUGGUGCAGACUCCCCUUUAUCUGGACUGAUCUCACUGCUGGCAGCAAUUGAUGCACUUUCACAUGUUGAUGGUCUGGAUGACCUAACUAAACAGCUUGUUUUUAUAUUUUUCACUGGAGAGUCCUGGGGUUACCUUGGUAGCAGGAGAUUUCUAUACGAACUUGAUCUGCAGUCUGAUGCUGUUAGUGGCCUAAAUAACUCAUUAAUUGAGAUGGCCAUAGAAAUUGGAUCUGUUGGGAAAGGCUUCAAUCAAGGGUUUAAAAGGUUUUAUACUCAUACUGCAGAGGUUUCAUCUGCCACAAAUGAGACAUUGAAGGCCCUAAAGCAUGCUCAGGAUUCAAUGAAAUCUGAACACAUAAUCGUCUCACCAGCAAAUGCAUCAAAUCCUGGGAUACCUCCUUCGUCGUUGAUGGCAUUCCUGAGAAAGAAUUCUCUCACUUCCGGGCUUGUAUUGGAAGAUUUUGAUAGUGUUUUCAGCAACAAGUUCUACCAUAGCCACCUUGAUAAUAUAUCAAAUAUAAACUCUUCAGCUAUAGUGGCAGCUGCUUCCCUUGUUGCUCGCACCCUUUACAUACUUGCUAGUGACAAUAAAAAUGUAAGCGGUUCAGCUCUAACUGCUAUCAGUGUGAAUGUCUCACUAGUUGAAGAACUUAUGGGUUGUCUAUUGGACUGCGAUCCGGGUCUUUCUUGUGAGCUGGUGAAGGACUAUAUAUCACCCACCUCUACCUGCCCAAGCCAUUAUGCUGGUGUAAUCCUUGAUGAACCUUCCUCCUCGCCGUAUCCUCAAUAUGUAGAUGAUAUGUCCAGAUUCUUGUGGAAUUUUCUGGCUGACAGAACAUCUAUUCCCAGUGAGAAUGCUAGCUCUUCUUGUUCACAAGGUUGCCACAACAAAGGUGCAGUUUGCAUUAGGGAAGAAACAGAUGGCAAGGAAGUCUGUGUUAUCUCCACAACCAGGUACGUUCCAGCAUAUUCAACUCGGUUAAAGUUUGAAUCUGGUACUUGGACUGUGUUGCCCCCGAAUUCCUCUGACCCAAUGGGGAUGUUGGACCCUGUUUGGACUGAGAGCAAUUGGAAUGCGAUCGGGUUGCGUGUGUACACAGUCCAGGAUGCUGCUUAUGACCAUAUUGUUUUGGUUGCCGGAAUAUCUGUCACGGUCUUGGCGUAUCUUGCCAUAGUGACUACGAGAGCAGUCCUAACGAAGGCCUUAAAGCGAGAUUAAUGCGGUUUAAAUUGGGUAACUCUUUGGAACAUUCAUGAGUAAAGUGUUGAAAAUAUGAUGGUAAAGUACAGGAUUUGAUCCAUUGAUUGGUUCGUUAUAGAUUUUAGAUACUUGCAGUAUUUAAAUGGCAUUCUUUUUACCUUAGGAAUAGUGAAUGGAGUUGAUUAAGA